AUGGUAGAUCCAUGUAAGAUGUUGGCUGUUGUGAUCCUGGCUCUUUGUUUACCAUCUGUGGCAGUUCAGGAUGCGUGUUCAAUCGGAUUAUGCAAGUGCGCACAUCGUGUUGCUCGCUGUUAUAAUACAAACCUUACCUACAUUCCAAAAUUUCCCGAUAACACCAUAGCAGUCUACUUUAAAUAUAAUUAUUUACCCCGUGUUACUCCAACUACAGUUUUAAACAUUAGCAACACAAGAAUAUCAACCGUAAAUCUACACCAUAAUGAAAUUGAGAAUAUUGACGAAUUUGUGUUUCAAAAUUUAUCGCAUGUUUACUUAUUGGAUUUAGCAGAUAAUCUACUCACUUCAGAUUCGUUACGGAAUUUAUUCUCUAGUUUUCAGAGAAAUAGCAAUCUAUCCAAGAUAAGUCUCAGAGGAAAUCGCUUAGAAUAUAUUCCACAUAAUGUUUUCGUUGACUUUAAAUCCGCGGAAAAGAUAACCUUGAAUUUAUCUCAGAAUAGAAUCAAGCUACUUAAUAUGACAGUGUUUAACGAAAUAGAAAAAUUGCAAAUAUUGGACGUUUCGAAUAACAAAAUAUCCACCGUCAUACCGGGUGUUAGCCACCAUCUGCAACACCUCUCUAUUUCUAAUAAUAGUUUGACUGUUUUACCAAACUUUUGUCUUCGUCGAAACUCCUUUCCAGAGUUAACAACAUUGCAACUACAAAGCAACAAGAUUGGUAAUUUUGUUCCGAAAUAUUUUAAUUGUUUGGAAAAGUUAAAACACCUCUCUAUUUCUAAUAACAGUUUGGCUGCUUUGCCAAACUUUUGUUAUCGUCGAAACCUCUUUCCAGAGAUAAUGAAAUUGCAACUACAACGCAACAUAAUUGGUACUUUCGUUCCAGAACAUCUAAACUGCUUGGAAAAGCUUAAAAUCUUGGAUGUGAGUUUAAACUACAUUGACUCAUUAAAAACUGAUUAUUUUCAUUCUUUCAAGUCUCUUAGCUCGUUGUCUAUCUCAGAACAGGGUAGAACAUUUUAUAUAGAGGAACGUGCGUUCAACAACAGCAAACUGCUAAGUCUAGACCUAUCAAAGAACACAUUGACUACUAACCGCCUGCAUGAACAUGCAUUUUGUGGAUUGGAUCGGUUACUAAAACUAGAUCUGUCUAAAAGUAAUUUCUUUAAAAUGGAGGAAAAACUAAAUAAAACGCUAGCCCCUCUGACAUCUCUUGAAGUAUUGAUGCUGUUGGAUUGUAAUUUACAGAACCUACCUACUGUCACCAGACAUUAUCAUAAUCUUACUUAUUUAGAAGUUGGCUGGAAUCUGAUUAAAUCCUGGCCAACUGAGUUCUUUGAAAGGAACAUUAAAUUGACAGAAUUAAAUGCAGCCCAUAAUUUAAUUCAGACUGUUACAAGUAAAAUGCUGCCUGAAGUGUUUAUGACAAGAUUGAAAAAAAUAUCUUUAAAUGAUAAUCCGCUCGUAUGUAAGUGUGAAUUGGUUUGGUUGAUUCAGUGGAUUCAUAGGGAACCAUACAAGUUUUGGGGUUAUCCUGACGGCUAUCGAUGUCUGAAUAUAACAGAGAGAAUUUGUUUGAAUAACACCGGAGCGUUUAUCUCUGUGACAACAGUAACAUGUUUUUUUAUCUGUGUUAUUUUGAUCGCUUCUGUUAUCAACAAAUAUAUCUGGCAUAUUAAAUAUCAUAUUUAUAUGUGGAGAUACAGACCUAAACAGCUGUUGGAUAUUGCAGAGAAACACUUUGCUCAUGACGCCUUUGUUGCUUACUGUAUAGAAGAUGGAGACUGGGUUUUACAUGAUCUUCUACCUAUCGUGGAAGAAGGUGAAAACAUUAAGUUGUGUAUCCACGAAAGAGAUUUUCUUGGUGGACAACUGAUCAUUGAUAAUAUUGUACAACACAUGGAAGAUAGUCGGAAAGUUCUUGUUAUUUUGUCCAAUGAUUUUGCUAGAAGUAAAUGGUGUCAAUUUGAAAUGAGUUUAGCUCAGAAAUUGGUUAUAGAUACGAGUAUAGAGUCUAUAGUAGUAGUAUUACUAGAGGAUAUUGAAGCAGUUAAUAUGAGUAAACCACUGAACGCUCUAUUGAAAACUACUACUUAUAUCAAAUGGCAAGAUAAUGACAACAAAGAUAUAUUUUGGCAAAUGUUAAAAACAUCGCUGAAACGUCAAUAUGAAUUAUAAUAAGAUUAAAGUACAUGAAUCUGUUUACCGCAGUCGUUUCAUGGUCGGUAGUUCAAACGCUACAAGAACCCCACCCAACCCAAUCUGAGACUGUAUCCAUUCCUCAUGUUGGAAUGUGAAAUGGAAUAUCACUUGUUAACUGAUUUUAUACACUAAGAAUGUCUUCGGUUUGAUAUUAUUACUAUAAGUUUAAGUUCGAUCAAUCAAAAUCAUGAAUAUUUACCAAAACCUGGCAGAAGAUGUUAAUUCAAACCCUCUUCGCCCAGUCUAGACCAAACACUCAACAAAAAUGGGCAUGCAAAAGGAGAGAAACGAGACAGAGAGAGAAUUGCUAUAAAUAGACGGUACCGAAAUGGUGAAAUUUGAUGAUGGUCUGCCUCCAUCUGUGGUCCUAUUAUUGAUAUUAUUAUCCCCCUUUACUUAAUUAGCUGAAUUUGUAUGAAUAGCAUACUAUUAUAAUUUAUAUGCAUAUCCUACGACAUAUUUAACGUAACUAACAUGUACUUUUGUAUGUCAACUUUAUCAAUAAAUUACAUUAUGUUGAAUUUAUUUUGUUGACAAUGCAUAUAUGAAAACUCAAAUUCAUUGCCAUCCUGUCGAGUCAGCCAGGCACACGUGUUAUCCCGCACUAUAGUACCCUGGUUCAGUUGUUCACACUGGGAUAUCCGUCUCUCGUGGGCUUCAUUGGUUUCCUCCGUGGAACAUAUUCCGUUUUACUCCACUAUACCCCACGGGUGCCUGUAACGUGGACAAUAUUUCAAAAAUAACAUUGGGCUUAAGCUAUAUGACUAAGAUGUAAUGUCUAAAGUCUGUUACGACCAUGUGGUCUGAAUCCGAUUUCUAAUUCAAGGGCAGGUAACUCGUCUGAAUACCCUGGGUUUUCAAAUUAUCUACUCUGGCCUUGAUUGUUGCUUGAGUCUACGAACCAAUCAAAAACAGUUUAAAAACCAGUCUUGCUAAUGAAACGGCCUUCGUUUCGCGUUCGUUUUUAUAAGGUUAGAUAAUCCCAUUAAUGGCCAUUUACUGAAUGAUUUAUGUGAAUAAUGUUUAUGUUUUUAAUUCAUUUAUUUCUAAUUUAUAUAAGUUCUUCAUCUGUGAAUAUACUCUCAAAGCAUGUUAAGUGCCCAUGACUAUUUAUCAUAUCACAACCUGCAUAGGUAUUUGCAUUUCAAUAUCCCUUACAUUUUUUGAAGAGUAUAUUUAUUGUAAGAUCAAAAAAUGUAGUAUGCUUCGAUGAAUUUAAAUAUGUAUAAAAUGUGUAUGUUUUACUUUUGUUAUAAUUAUUACUAUUCGUUCUUUGUCUGAAACGUUCAUAAGCUAUUACCAUUCUGUUAUGUUUAUUAUUAUUGUACAUAUACUUAGUAAUUUAGUAUAGAGUAGAAGAGGGAUGGUAUGGACUAGUAGUGUAGAGUGCCGCGCGUAGACCUCUAGCUGGCCGGUCACCUCUGGCUUGAGGAAGUGGUUUACAUUCCAAGUGUGAGCGUAUGUGACUUGGAGAUAGGGGCGCCUUCUCAACCUCGUUGGUUUACUCCGGUUUCCUCCCACAGAAAAGCCCCCAUCUUAUAAGAUAAUAAAGCGGUAGUUCGGUUUAAUCGAUGAAGGUAUUCUCCUCGGUGAUACUCAAGUGUAAAGGAUGAAUUAUGUUAUUACGAAACCGCCAAAUCAAGAUACCAUUCUCAAUAAAACUCUUGAAUCUACAUAUGUAAAUAUCUGUAAUAUCUGU